AAUGAAAGUAGCAAUUUUAUUAGUAUUUUUGCUUUUCUUGAUUUUUACUUGUUUUGUUUCUUCAACCCGUCCAAAUACAAAGCACUACGAACAAUUAAAUCCAACAAAACCUGAUACCCAAACAGAAGAUACCGCAUUUGGUAUGACAAGUCAAUCUCCACAAAAGGAUAAGAUCUUCCUAUAUGUAUCUGAAAACUGUACGGUCUUCACUGUUGAAUUUUGUUUUUAA